GCACUUAACGUGGCCAUUAGCGCACAGCCGGCUGCCGUGUAGCGACGCUUCAAGUACUAGCCGUUGGGCUUUAGAACCUAUUUUGCUUGCCGCUCAUGCUAGCUGUGCAUGGACUAUCGGAGGCUGUAAAUGGUGGGCAGAAUUCGUGUAUAAAAGCUUAUAACAACGGCUUUGAUUAAACAGUCUCAUUUGUACCGCAAUAUUAAACUUAAGUCUACGCAACACGCUCCGCUUAAAUAAUUUAAAAAAGAUGUUCAAAUUCUUUGCAAUGUGUUGUUUCGCGCUUUUCGCUGUGGUGGUCGCCAAGCCCAGCAUUAUCGCUCCAGUGGUCAGCUACUCGACGUCUCUGGUUGGUGCUCCACUUGCUGCCACCUACACGUCGCCCUACGCCGCCUACGCUCCUUACGCCGCUGCUUAUGCUCCCUACUCGGCCUACUCGCCUUACUACAGCGCAUACUCCACUUACCCCUACGGUUCGAUAUGGCUCAGGAAGUGAGCUACUGCAUGGAUACGAUCAAGUUGUAUUGUCUUCAGUAUUAUUUCAACUUAUUUUAAAAUUUACAAAUAAAAUCGAGUAUUGAUAGCGUAAUUAAUAAUAUUAUUCUAAAUUAUUAUAAUCAAGUGGAAUCGGCUGUUGUAAUUAUCUGAUUCUGAUUAUAAAAUUCCGGCGAGCAAUCAGUCUAAUA